GCUUUCUUUACCUCCAGCAUGGCUGCCAUCAGGAGCGGGGUGACUCCGGCUUGUUUAGCGAGAUGUUUCCUGCGACAGACUGGAAAACCGAGCCGAGGCAGCCACCCCCUUUCAGACAUAUGGAACCACCGGUUGCUUCAGAAGUCCCAUCUGCACACAGUGUUUGAGAGCCACAGUCCUGCUGCCAGGACUCUGUUGUGCCACAAACGGGACAGGAAGUUCCUCUGGGUGAACGCUGUGGCAGUCCGACACAACAGCUCACAGGAUGGAACCACGACGACUCCAGUGUUCGAAGCUUCUGAAGUUCUUCCUGUCCUGCAGUCCACCAUCUCUCUUCCUGCUGACCCGACCCACAUCCUCACAGAACAGAUCCCGGCUGACUCAGUCUUAUCGCAGUCGUUCACUGAGCAGGUCGCUAAUGUCUCAUCAACGGCAGCGGAGGUCCUGCAGGCUGUGGCGGCAGAACCCAGUUUAGUGGAGCUGGGAUUGGCCUCGGGCACACCAGUGGGGCUGGUCCAAAACCUGUUAGAGUACAUUCACAUUGACCUUGAUAUACCUUGGUGGGGGGCCAUCAUUGUAGGAACGCUGUUUGCUCGUUUGGCCGUGUUUCCGGUCAUCGUGAUGGGCCAGAGGGAGGCGGCCAAGCUGCACAAUGUUAUGGCCGUGUUUGGCCGACUGAAUAACAGGAUGAGCGAGGCCCAAAACAGUGGAAACAAACUAGAGUUUACCAAAGCCUACUUUGAGCUGACGUUGUUCCAGAACAAGCAUAAUGUGAAUCCUCUCCGUGGAUUCCUGGUACCUUUGGUUCAGGCACCAGUCUUCAUCUCCUUCUUCAUCGCGCUGAGGAAGAUGGCUGAACUGCCGGUGCCCAGCAUGCAGACGGGAGGCCUGCUCUGGUUCCCGGACCUGACGGCAGCAGAUCCUUUCUAUAUCCUCCCCGUGGUCGUCACAGGAACCAUGUUCUUCAUCCUGGAGUUCGGGGCGGAGUCUGGUGUUGAAAACCCCCAACUGCGACACCUGAAGACCGUGUUCAGGAUCAUGCCUUUUGUCGUCCUCCCUUUCACUAUCAGCUUCCCCACGGCGGUGUUCACCUACUGGCUGACCUCCAACUGCUUCUCCCUGGGUCAAGUUGCCCUGCUCAGACACCCUUUGGUCAGAGAGAGGUUAAAAAUCCCAGCGAUGAUCCCACACCCGAUCCCAGCCAACAGUGAUGGCUUAAUGGAAAGCAUCAGGAAAAGCUGGAAAAACGCUCAGAUGGCCCGGGAGCUGGCAGAGAAACAAAGAAGAAUUUAAAAUCAUCUGGACCUCACCGCUUAAGGUUCACUGAGGCAGAUUUUUACCCACAAUCCCCUCCAGCAAAACCAAUGGCUGCACGCAGAGGAAGAAGGAAAGCCUGCUGGCAAGGCGAAGCAGACUGAAAGUGAUUUAUGUAAAUAUUUAUUGAUGCAAGAGAGGACAGGGAGGGAGAGAAUUGUAAUUAUUAUGUAUUUAAAAUAGUUAUUAAAUGUCAAAUCAUCCUCAAAACAA